AUGUGGUGGAUUUUGAUUUGUUCUGUGCUUUUUGGAGGUUCGCAGGGCGUUCCUGUGGAAGCUGUAGAUGUAAUUAUACCUUCUGACCCAGUCCACUUUCAAGAUAUCCCUCGCAAUGACCAAAAUCGUAUCAUAGGCGGAUGGCUGGCCACAGAAGGACAGUUCCCUUACAAGGUGAGCGUGCGAAACGUCAGCCCUGUGGGCGGAGUCAGCGCGUGUGGGGGCUCCAUCAUUCACAACGAAUGGAUUCUAACAGCAGCUCAUUGCGUGGCCAGACGCGAAUCAUUCGUGAUCCGUUUGGGAUUGACCAACCUGACCCGUCCUGAGUUAAUAAUGGAGACAGUGGAGAAGUACGUGCACCCUGACUACAAUGUCGGCUCCACCGCCGUGCAGGUUGAUGAGAUCGCUCUCCUGAAGCUGCCCCGUCGUGUGGAGUAUGGACGCGGCUAUGUCCCCGAGGUCUUGAGCUGGGUCUAUCAAUUGGGUAUCACGAACGAGGAGUGCCUUAACUGGUACCCUAACAGUCAAACCAUCAAGGACCAGACAUUAUGCGCGAAAUAUUACAAUCAUACUUCACAAAACAUUUGUACAGGCGACAGUGGCGGACCCCUGACUAUGGAUGAUCUCGAUGGCUCACCCACUAUCGUAGGCAUCACUAACUUUGGUUACGCGCGGGGAUGCAACACACCCAAUCCGUCCGGUUUCGUCCGACCAGAGUUCUACCACGACUGGCUGAAACAGGUCACCGGCAUCAACUUCGACUGGAGCGUCUUUGACAUUGUUAUCAGCUAAAAUUUCGGGAACCCCUCAACGACAACGACGACAUCUCAUCCUCACUAAUUUUAUGUACCAUUUUCACUCAUUGAUAACGCAGCAUUGAGCGAAUUUGUCCGGAAUUUUUCGAUUCAAAACUUUGGA